AAAUUUAAUGAUUAUGUAAAGGCCAAUGAGUUUACUUGAGUAUGCUCUAUCUGAAUCUAACUUGAGUAUGAAUAUUAAAAAAAGGAAUUUAACUAUUGAAACUUAAUCUAUAUAGACAAGUCCCAAUUUAUUUUAAAAUAAUCAAGCAGAUUUGGAACUAUUGGUAGAUAUGCACUCUUAAAAUAAACAAUGGGUCAGUAUGGAAUUGUUUCGAUUGAUAAUUCAAAAAAUAGAGGAAAAAUUAAGUGAAAUAGACGAAAGAUUAGACAAUAGAGAAGGAUUUCAAAAUAUAACAUAAAAAUAUAGUUUAUAAAAGAAGAUGUCUAAGAGUUAUUAACAAGGAGACUUUAGCUAAAUGGAUUAGAGUCAAGAUGAAUUAGAAUCCAAAUUACAAAUUAGUUAAACCAAAAAACUUAAUAUCUCUUAGCUUAAGAAAUCAGAAAUUAGAGAAAUAAGAAAUGAUGAACCAUUGAUAGGAAGAUAAAACUUAUUGGAAAAGAAACUAGUUUAAUUGGAGGAGAAACAAACCAAAAUUUAAAAAGAAAUGAGCAAUUUCACUCUGGAUAUAGAAUCGAAAAUAUAAGUAAUCAUUAAAUUAUUCUACGUUUAUAGUAAUGUAUUAAGUAAAUUGAUUGGAGUUUGGAAAAAUUUAAUAAAUUUUCUUCAGAAUUAUUGGAUAAGGUCAAAGAUGUUACUGAUAACCACACAGAGAUAUUUUAGCAUUUGUAAAAAAACAAGGAAGACAUAAAGUAAACAUAACAAUUAUUAGAUUUAGUUAUGUCAGAAUAAGUGUGGAGCAUUUUAAUUAAAAUACUUUAACCUAACUUGAACAAAUAUCGGCUUCUAUUGUGAAUCUAAAUAAUUUUGCAGAAAAGCAUGAUAAUGAAUUGAGUUUUUAUAAGGAGAUAAUUUAAAUAACAGAAAGUGAUAUUCUGAAAAUAAUCUAAUUCGAAAAGGACAUACUAAAGAUUGUAUAUACACGCUAAGAAUAAAAUGAGAAAUAAGGAAAAUGA